AUGAGACCGAUUCAGCCUCCUCAAGGUACCGCCGCCGCCGUCGCGGCUGUUUCAUCUAUGUCGAAUCAGAAGCCUCGCAGGCGUCCUAACCUAAGCCUGCCGCUCCCGCCUCGGGAGCCGACGGUCGCCGUCCCUCUCCCUCUCCCGCCGUCGUCCACCUCCGCCGCUACUUCCACCAGCCACCCGCAGCAGCAGCAGCAGGCGGCGCGCCAGGUAAUCGGCUUCUCCGAGCUCGACCGGAUGAACCGGAUUGGGAGCGGCAUGGGCGGCACCGUCUACAAGGUGGUUCACAGGCAAUCCGGCAGGGUUUUCGCGCUCAAGGUGAUCUACGGGAACCACGAGGACUCCGUCCGCAACCAGAUCUGCAGGGAGAUCUUGAUUCUCCGCGACGUCAGCCACCCAAACGUCGUCAGGUGUCACGAAAUGUACGAGCACAACGGCGAGAUCCAGGUCCUGCUCGAGUUCAUGGAUCGCGGAUCCCUCGAGGGGUUUCACAUCGCUGACGAGCUUGAGUUGUCCGGUGUCGCUCGUCAAAUCUUGAGCGGGAUUGCUUACCUCCACCGCCGCAAGAUCGUCCACCGCGACAUCAAGCCUUCCAAUCUGCUGAUCGAUUCCAACAAGCAAGUGAAGAUUGCCGAUUUCGGGGUGAGCAGGGUGCUGGCGCAGACCAUGGACCCUUGCAACUCCUCCGUGGGUACCAUUGCUUACAUGAGUCCCGAGAGGAUCAACACGGACUUGAAUCACGGCCAGUAUGAUGGUUACGCUGGGGAUAUAUGGAGCUUGGGGGUGAGCAUAUUGGAGUUCUACUUGGGGCGGUUCCCAUUUGCAGUGGGUAGGCAGGGCGACUGGGCGAGCUUGAUGUGUGCUAUUUGUAUGUCGCAGCCGCCGGAGGCCCCCGUGACAGCUUCCAGGGAGUUCAGAGAUUUCAUCGCCUGUUGUUUGCAGAGGGAACCAGGGAGGAGGUGGACGGCAGUCCAGUUGUUGAAUCAUCCUUUCGUUGUGAGGGGAAAUGGAGGCCAAAGAGAUGGGAGCCAGAACCUGCAUCAAUUACUGCCUCCUCCACGCCCACUCUCAUCAUAG